GUCGGCUUUAGUGUUUAGGGCUAGGGUUUAGGAAAUUAGGGCAUCGCGAGGAGCUCCACGCGCGAUGGGAAAGAAGGGGAAGAAGGUCGCGCCAUCGCUGGACGAUUAUUGGAACGAGGAGUUGAACGGUGAUGGUGAGGCUGUUGCUGGAUCGACAACGGGAGCCUCGGUUGUGGCAGCUGCCGGCAACGACGAGGAUUUGGUAAUGGAGAUGGAUUUGAGCAAGAGCAAGAGAAACAAGAAGAAGGAUGAUUUAGUAGCUCCAGCGUUAGCUUUAGAUAGAGAUGACGAGGAGGAAGAAGAAGAGAAGCUGGAUUUAUCAGGCAUGAAGAAGAAGAAGCCGAAGAAGAAGAAAGACAAGAUUUUGGAGGAGGAUACUCUUGCUCCUUCUCCUGCUUCUACUCCCCCGGACAUUCCCUUGCUGGUGGACGAAGAAGAGGAGAUGCUAGACUUGACAGCGGCGAAGAAGAAGAAAGCGAAGAAGAAGGACAAGAAGAAGAUUCUCGACGACGAUUAUCCGGAAGUUGCUGCACAAGAUUGGGAAGUACCUAGUACUGCUCAAGAUGAUUCUUCGAGAGCUGUCGCUGCUCCAGAGCCUGCUGCUGCUCCUACUGCCCCGGACAUUCCCUCGCUGGCGGACGAAGAAGAGGAGAUGCUAGACUUGACAGCGGCAAAGAAGAAAAAACCGAAGAAGAAGGACAAGAAGAAGAUUCUCGACGACGAUUAUCCGGAAGUUGCUGCACAAGAUUGGGAAGUACCUAGUGCUGCUCAAGAUGAUUCUUCGAGAGCUGUCGCUGCUCCAGAACCUACUGCUACUCCUGAUGACGAGGAAGAGAUGCUGGACUUGAAUAAGAAAAAGAAGAAGAAGAAGAAACAGGACGACAGAAAGAAAACUUUUGAAGAAGAGCUUGCGGAGGCCGCGGCUGCAGCUGGUGUUCCAGAGAGUGAAGUACCUGCUGCUGCUGCUCCAGAUGAGGAGGAAGACAAGCUAGACUUGACGGGGGCCAAGAAGAAGAAGUCGAAGAAGAAGAAACAGGGGGAGAAGAAGGCCGAGGAGACUGUCGAAGUGGCUGUACCAGAUGUUGAAGGAGAGAAGGUGGAUGCUGUGGAUAAUACCAAAGGAGAAGAGACGACGGAAGCCACUGGCAGUAGUAAAAAGAAAAAGAAGAAAGGUCCUUUGGAAACUCAAGAGGCGAAGCCAAAGGUGGUCGAGAAGAAGGUCCCGAAGCAUAUUCGGGAAAUGCAAGAGCGACUUGCAAAAAUCAAGGAGGAAGAAGAGCGCCGGAAGCGUGAGGAAGAAGAGAGGUUGCGGAAAGAGGAGGAAGAAAGGCUGAGACUCGAGGAGGAAGAGAGGUUAAGAGAAGAAGCGAAGCAGCGAAGAAAGCAACGUGAGAAGGAGAAAAUCAAGGAAAAGAAAGCCAAGGGACUUUAUCUCACUGGAAAACAGAAGAUGGAAGCUCGUCGUCUGGCCAUGAUAAAGGAGCAGAUUUUAGCAAGUAGUCCGGCGCUUGUUGGUGAAGAGCAGUCGCCAACUCCCAGGAAGCCGAAGUACGAGACGAAGAAGAAGAAAGUGGAAGUAGUAAGCUCGGAAGAUGUGAAACCGGACGUUGAAGAAAGUGAAGCGGCUGCCGAGGUCCAAAGUGAAACGGCUACUGAGGCGCAAGAGAACGAGCCUGAAGUUGAGAAUGAACCUGAAGGAGAGGGCCAGCUGGAAGAAGAAGCAGAAGAAGAGGAAGAAGAAGAAGACGAGGAUGAUGACUGGGAAGCUAAGAGUUGGGACGACGAAUCCAAACUUCCAACCGUGAAGGAUGCAUUUGCAGACGAGGACGAGGAGGAAGAGGAACAGGUUGUUCCAGAAAAACUCGUGAAGGUUGCUCCGAAGGUUGAGGAAGUACCAUCCCCACAGCCACCAAAGCAGCCAGCGAUUUCAAGGGAAGCCAGGAUGGCGGAAGCUCUCACAAAGCGCAGCGCUGACGAUUUGCGAUCUCCCAUCUGCUGUAUCCUCGGACACGUUGAUACCGGCAAGACCAAGCUGCUCGACUGCAUUCGUAGGACUAACGUCCAAGAAGGAGAAGCGGGUGGAAUUACGCAGCAGAUUGGAGCUACUUAUUUUCCGAUGGAAAACAUACGAGAGAGAACCAAAGAGUUACCAGAAGCGGCCAACAUGCGCGUUCCUGGCCUCCUGGUUAUAGAUACGCCUGGUCACGAGUCCUUUACAAAUUUGCGUUCUCGAGGUUCCGGACUGUGCGAUAUUGCAAUCUUGGUGAUCGACAUUAUGCAUGGGCUGGAGCCUCAAACGAUCGAGUCCAUAAACUUGCUAAGGAUGAGAAAGACACCGUUCAUUGUUGCUCUAAACAAGGUUGAUCGUCUCUACCAAUGGAAGCCCCGCAACAAUGCUCCGAUAAGAACCACUCUGCAAGAGCAGGAGCGCCAUACGAAAUCAGAAUUUGAGACGAGAACCAAGCAGAUAAUGGUGCAGCUCCAAGAACAGUCUCUUAACUCUGAGCUCUACUGGAAAAACAAAGACAAGAGAAAGGCCGUCAGCAUAAUUCCCACAAGCGCGAUAAGUGGCGAGGGCAUACCUGAUCUCCUGUACUUGCUAGUCCUGCUGACACAAGAGAUGAUGGAAAAGAAGCUUAUGUAUGUAAGCGAGGUCGAAUGCACGGUGCUGGAAGUUAAGGUUGUAGAAGGACUUGGGACGACUAUCGACGUCGUGUUGGUAAACGGCGUAUUGCACGAAGGCGAUCAGAUCGUGGUCUGCGGGAUGCAAGGACCAAUUGUGACAACUAUCAGGGCACUGUUAACUCCUCAUCCUAUGAAAGAGCUCCGAGUGAAGGGAUCAUAUCAGCAUCACAAAGAGCUUAAAGCAGCCCAAGGAAUAAAAAUCACGGCGCAGGGUCUCGAGCACGCGAUAGCAGGAACACAACUCUAUGUUGUGGGAGAAGACGAGGACGUGGAGACCAUCAAAGAGGAGGCGAUGAAGGACAUGAAGAGCGUUAUGGGUCGUAUUGACAAGAGCGGGGAGGGAGUUUGCGUUCAGGCCUCGACACUGGGAUCCUUGGAAGCCUUGCUCGAGUUCCUCAAAACUCCCGACGUCAACAUUCCUGUGAGUGGCAUCAGUAUCGGUCCGGUUCACAAGAAAGACAUCAUGCGUGCAAGUGUGAUGCUCGAGAGGAAGAAAGAAUACGCUACAAUACUUGCUUUCGACGUUAAGGUGACACCGGAAGCAAGAGAGCUGGCCGAGGAGCUGGGUGUGAAGAUCUUCACGGCGGACAUCAUCUAUCACUUGUUCGACCAGUUCACGGCCUAUCUCAAGAACACAAGAGAGGAGAAAAGAAGGGAUACAGCGGAGGAAGCCAUAUUUCCGUGCAUCCUCAAGAUCUUACCCAACUGUGUCUUCAACAAAAAAGAUCCAAUCAUUGUCGGAGUGGUGGUUCUCGAUGGCUUCGCAAAGGUUGGAACGCCCAUUUGUGUUCCAAGUAAAGACGGCGAGUUUAUUGAUCUGGGAAGAAUCGCGUCGCUGGAAAUCAAUCACAAGGUGGUCGACGUUGCGAAGAAAGGCGAGGAGGUGGCCAUGAAGGCAAGCUCAGGUUUUACUCUCUUUUCUUUUGCUCAUAGUGUUGUCGUGCCACAGAUCAUGGGUGACGAGAACCAGAAGAUGUUUGGAAGGCAUUUUGACUACGACGAUUUGCUGGUGAGCCACAUCACACGAAGAUCAAUCGACGUUUUGAAAGAGAACUACCGGACUGAGCUUUCUAGCGAGGAGUGGAAACUCAUAAUGAAGCUCAAGGGCAUUUUCAGGAUCUUGUGACAACGGAACGAAAUGUUUUGGCGAAGUAAGGCUUUGUCUAAGUUUAAUUUGGUGGAUUCACGUGAAACACAGAUCUUGUUGUUGCUUUGUUUGUAGCCGCGAGCAAGAAAUAAUAUCUCUGAGCGAUCAAAAGUCGGGUUUUUUGUUUUCGCGUUGACAAAAACUCUGAAAGAGCGAGGUAACUUAGUUUCCGUCUCGUGAAGCUGUCGUUUACGCUAUUUCCACAUUUUACAUGGAUGAAAUAAACUUAGCUAUGAUGAAA